CAAUAUACACUACAAGGCAAAAAUCUUACGGUUUUGGAUUUUAAUAGGAACUCCGCUCCGAUCCGAUCCCAUCCUCCUCCACCACCGCAAAAGCUCAUCCUCUGCAACCUUAGUGUUCAGGAUGUAUUUUGCUUUCUGGUGCCAAUGGGUGGGGCCCUGAUUUUGACCUUUAUGCAGUUGUGGGAGGAAGAAAGUGUGUUUGUUUACACAUACCCAGGAUUAAGAGUUGUGUUUGAUUGAUAUGGCAUCUAGAAGAAAUGUUCAAUACAGCCCUCUUCCUACUGAUGAAGAUAAUGAUUAUGGCAGUUCUGGGAAAAGACAAUAUGAUCCUCGAUUUGACUAUUCACCCAAAGCAUUUGAUAAAAUCCCAUGGAAAUCCAUUGCCCUAGCACUCUUCCUGCUUUCUCUCGGCUUAGUGCUUCUUUUUCUUUCAUAUUUCAUAAUGACUGGUCACAUGGGAGGCGACCGAUCCCAGGCCUAUGGCCUUUUGGCACUAGGAAUUCUCUCCUUCCUCCCAGGCUUUUAUGAGACUCGAAUAGCAUAUUAUGCAUGGAGGGGUGUCAAAGGAUAUCGAUUCGCUUCAAUUCCUGAUUAUUAAUACAUGUCUUGGAAAUAUUUCCUCUAUCUAUGUAUGCAUCGACUUUUGUUCCGAGUGUAUUGUUUGACACUGACAUAAACCACUUGUAUAGAACCACGUGUAUCUGUAAUUUGUUUGUUGUUUCAAAAAAAGAAGGAAAAAACAUGGUUUAAACA